AUGUUAGAAUAGAAAUGUGGCUGUUCACCUGAUCAUUAAGAGAAUAUAAUUGGAAUUUGUUUAUCAGAUAAAUGCGUGAAUAAUGCAAUAUUUUGCUAUUUAUGUUUAAAAUAGUUCCACUCUGAGCACUAGCAAUAAUGUCAGACUUUUAAAAUUCUCUACAACUAACUAAUCCUUGAGUAAAACGAACUUUAAAUUUAUGUUAAUUAUGUAAAAGAAUUUAAGGUGAUAUUUGAUGAAAUCUAUAAAAAGCAGCUAGAAAAAAAUUAAGAAAAUAUUGAAAAAUUAAAUUCAAUAAAUUUGCGUAUGAAAGACAAAUCAUAUUAUCCAACAUAUUCAGACAUCCAUUUUCUAAAAAGUAAUAAGGCAAGCUUAUAAAAUUUUAAAUGUAAAUUACAAAAAUUAUCUGAGCAGAAUGGAUUUCUAGAUUGGAGUGGAUUGAGAAAUAAGUUUAUAAUUAGAAUGAUUAUAAUGAUCAUGAUCAGAAUGACGAUAAAACUGAAACUUUGAAAGUUGAUACUGAACAGGACUAAACUGAUAAUUAAACAAUAGAUCCCUAAAGUGUUGAAAUAGACUUAAAAAAGUGUAAUACAAUAACUAAUAAUAUAUAAAGGUGAAGAAUUAAUAUAACUCAAAGAAUACUCUUUAGCAAUACAAAAUAUGUAGAAAGGAAUUGAAUUGAAUCCUUAGGGAGCAAUUUAGUUAAUUUAAUAAAAUAUUAAUCUGAUUAACAGUUAAAAUCUUAGCCAACUUGAAGCAUCAAAUCUGAGGGACAUCAUUCAUUAAGCAAAAAAAAUCAUUGAUGAAAAUCAAAGUUUGGAAGAAACCAAUAAUUUAUCAGAUGAUAAGAAAUAAGAAAAAUAAAAUGAAAUCAUUGAGAUAGAGAAAACUUUUAAAUCUUACUUAGUGGAACUCAAUUAGAUUAUUUCAGAUUAUUAAGAUGGCAAAUAUUAAAAAGAAGUAAUUCAUGAUUUGUUUAUNUGUUUUCUUAAAGCACAAACUAUAAACACAAAGCAUAACAACCUUUCGAGUGA